AUGUCUGGGGAAGGACGAUACAACAAGAGUGGUCUCCCCAUGUUCCAUCUACGGCGGAUAGGGCCACCUGCCACAAAGCCUGGGGUAGCUGAUAUUAUGGACUUUUUUGAAGUUACCACAAUGAUAGGGAAAAGUGCUCAGUCCAUGUACCAGAUAGAUUCAGCGUCGGAAAUGCGUCGUUCAUACAUUUCCCGAAAUCAUGCCAGAGUUGUGAUAAGAUCGCCGAACAAUGACCACAUGAUGUUUGAUGACAAUAAUGUUUUGUUAUGUGAGGGAGAUAAGGUAACAUUUGGCCAUCCACAAGGUGCCAAAAUCCCAUGUGGAAUGCGGAAACUCCAACCUGACUCGGAAUAUCAAUUCUUGUUUGAAAAGUGCAACUGUCCAGGUCAGAUGAUAGUAUGUCGUAGAUCUUCUGUUAGUGGAACCUUCGUUGUUCCGGAAAGUCCAGUGCAUGCUGGGAAAUCCAGUUCCAAAAAGCGGGAUAGAAACACCACCCAAAUACUCACUGCUGAGGAUAUACUCAAACUUGUAAGCAUGAAAGAAGAAUUGGAAAAGAAGUCACUAAGUCAGUCGUCUGCUACUCCAUCACAACCUAGCACUGCUAACAGUCAUAAGAUAAACCAAUCAGAACCAGACCCACCUGCCCUUCAAACUGAUGACAAUAUCACUACCAGUGUUGUUAGUUAUAAAGAUGAAAAAAAUUGUGAUCAGAUGAUAUCUGCUCCAAGUGUUAGUAAUAGGGAAGGUUCACAAAGCUGUAGAGAUGGCACAACUGCUAUUCACAGUGGUAGUGACAGCAGAGGUUCACAAAACCAUGAAGACAUGACAACUAUUCACAGUGGUAGUGAGAGCAGCGGUUCACAAAACCAUGAAGACAUGACAACUAUUCACAGUGGUAGUGACAGCAGCGGUUCACAAAACCAUGAAGACAUGACAACUAUUCACAGUGGUAGUAACAGCAGAGGUUCACAAAACCAUGAAGACAUGGCAACUAUUCACAGUGUUAGUGACAGCAGCGGUUCACGAAACCAUGAAGACAUGGCAACUAUUCACAGUGUUAGUGACAGCAGCGGUUCACAAAACCAUGAAGACAUGACAACUAUUCACAGUGUUAGUGACAGCGGAGGUUCACAAAACCUUGAAGACAUGACUGCUAUUCACAGUGGUAGUGAGAGCAGCGGUUCACAAAACCAUGAAGACAUGACAACUAUUCACAGUGUUAGUAACAGCAGAGGUUCACAAAACCAUGAAGACAUGACAACUAUUCACAGUGUUAGUGACAGCAGAGGUUCACAAAACCAUGAAGACAUGACAACUAUUCACAGUGGUAGUGACAGCAGCGGUUCACAAAAUCAUGAAGACAUGACAACUAUUCACAGUGGUAGUAACAGCAGAGGUUCACAAAACCAUGAAGACAUGGCUGCUAUUCACAGUGGUAGUGACAGCAGCAGUUCACAAAACCAUGAAGACAUGACAACUAUUCACAGUGUUAGUAACAGCAGAGGUUCACAAAAUCAUGAAGACAUGACAACUAUUCACAGUGUUAGUAACAGCAGAGGUUCACAAAACCAUGAAGACAUGGCUGCUAUUCACAGUGUUAGUGACAGCAGCAGUUCACAAAACCAUGAAGACAUGGCUGCUAUUCACAGUGGUAGUGACAGCAGAGGUUCACAAAAUCAUGAAGGUAUGACAACUAUUCACAGUGGUAGUGACAGCAGCGGUUCACAAAACCAUGAAGGUAUGACAACUAUUCACAGUGGUAGUGACAGCAGCAGUUCACAAAACCAUGAAGACAUGACAACUAUUCACAGUGGUAGUGACAGCAGCGGUUCACAAAACCAUGAAGGUAUGACAGCUAUAUUAAGUGGUGGUGAUAACAGUAGUUCACAAAAAGGUCAAGAGAGCAUGACAGCUAUUGGUGGUGACAACAGAGGAUCACCAAUCAAUGAUGUGGACACAACAGCCAUUCCCAGUAAUAGCAAAACAGCAAAGGAAAUUAAUAGAGACACUCCAGACCUACACAUACCUGAAGAUUCAUCUAGAGUGUUAUCAGAGGACAAUGGUACAAAAGUUAGUGCUAUCGGAGAACAAACCAUUGUUAACAAAUUAGAGGUAGAGAAGGAUGUAAGGGAGACAAGCUCACCAAGGGAGAGAGAAGUAUUCUUCGGCUACAAAGAAGAAAAGGGCACUGCAAAUCAUUCUGGUCCUGCUGAAGAAUUUUCUAUUAAUAGUACUAAUCCUAAAAGAGAAGACAGUUUUGAAAUUUUUGAGAAUGUUCCUGAUAAACUCUCUAGUUCUGAUGAGGAAAAUUCUGUAGAGAGAUUUAGUCUAUCGGAAGACGACAGUUUUGAAGAUGCUAAUAUGCCAACUAACACAGGGAGUCAGUUAUGUAAAGUAAUCCAUUCACACAUGCAUCCAUGUCUAGCUAAAACAAGUACCCCAAAGCCGAAACAGACAGGAUUGAAAGGCCCAGGACCAGUUGAGGUUUGUCAAUCUAGAGGUAAUUGUUCACAGAAGUCCACAAUAUUAAAGAAUGUGUCACAAGCAGGGCAAGCCGAUAAAGUCUCGCAACAGGAUGCAGCCAUUCAGACCUCUCCUCUUGUCCCACUUGUUGAAGAAAUCUCUUCCACAGAUGCCCAGCAAGAAGGGCAGUGCUCGGCUGAUACAGAGCAUUAUAAGGAAGAAGAUCCCAUUGUACAACCCAUCCAAGCUGAUACCACACGACAGGCAGGCCAUUCACAAACCACGAAAAAUGAUGCUGAUCAUACAAGCACAUGUAAUCAAGAUUCUGAGCCAGGACUUAAAAUUGAUCCGGAGGUUAAGUCAUGUGAAAGUCGGUCAACCGAUUCUGCAGAAUGUCCUACAGAGGUCAUGAUGUCAGACACCAAUGACUUGGUUGGUGUAUUUGAUGAUUUGGACAUGGAGGAUGUUGAAUUUUCAAGUGAUAACAUUCAUUUGUUGGGUUGUGACAACUUUAAUGAAACUGUUCAGUAUCAAGAAGGUGGAGUUAAUGAUAAGACAGAGACUAGACACAACACUAAGGAGGGGUCCAUGAACAUGUCAGAUAACAUGGGCAAGACUGAACUUGUUUCUGAUGAUUUGGAUGAAAUUGAACCAUUACCCGACAAUGUUGACAAGACUGAACUUGUUUCAGAUGAUUUGGAUGAAAUUGAACCAUUACCCGACAAUGUUGACAAGACUGAACUUGUUUCAGAUGAUUCGGAUGAAAUUGAACCAUUACCCGACAAUGUUGACAAGACUGAACUUGUUUCAGAUGAUUUGGAUGAAAUUGAACCAUUACCCGACAAUGUUGACAAGACUGAACUUGUUUCAGAUGAUUCGGAUGAAAUUGAACCUUUACCAGAUUUUGGUAACAAGACUGAACUUGUUUCAGGUGAUUUGGAUGAAAUUGAACCUUUACCGGUUAAUAUUAAUAAGACUGAAACAGUUUUAGUGAGAGAUUUGAAUACUACAGAUGACCAUGAUGAAGAUUUGAACAAGACAAAAGAUAUUUCAUAUAGAGAUGUUGAAGGAGAGGUUGAUGGUCAAUUAGAUAAUACAAAAACUGAAAAUAUUCCAGAAAAUUACGCUUGUUCAACGGAACCAGGCAAAACUGAAGACAUGGAUGAAAGCAACAAUGUAGAAACAGAACUGGACAAGACUGACAGUGAUGAUAGAACUGUUGUGGAGCCACAUGGGGUUAUCACACCUGACAAAUGCAUCUCUGAAGACAAUGAAAAGAACAUUCCAGAAAGUACUCUGUCACAUAUUAUGGAGAUGACUUCAAUUGAUUCUCUUGAAACUGUUCCAAACAGAAGUGCAAAGACAUCAGUUGUAAAUCAAGACUUAGAAUUUUGUGAGAAAAAUUUUCAAAAUUCUUCAGAAAAUUUACCUAGAAAAAAAGCGGGACCUGUAUCUUUGGUUUCUGAAUCUGCCUGCAAUUCUGCUGAAGUUUUCUUUUUUGUUGAAGAUGGUGAAGCUGAAACAGAUAAUCCUGAACAGAAAAGUGCAGAAAGGGCAUUCAGCAAUGAAGUUAAACAACAGAAGGUUGAUGAGCUACCUGAAGAAAAUAGCAGUUCCAGUGGUAUCAGUAUGAUGGAACAGAAUUUAGAUGAAGAUGAGGAAACAAAAAACAGCGACGAUUUAGUGGAAGAAGUCAUUGUUCCCAUUCAGAUAGCCAAACAGGUCAAGACUGAAGCAAUUCAACUUAGUAAUGUUGAUAUCAAUUCUAGCUUUGCAGAUACUGAACAGAAUUUGAAUUCUCAUGCCAAUAAAUCUUACAUUGUAUUUCACAAUUUGUCUACUAACAUCUGUGAUGUGGAGAAUACAAGUUUCAGAAAUGAAGACAAUGAAAACAAUGAUAAUGACAAAGAUGGCAUUGACGGAUUCCGAAAUGCAAACAAGAGAAGACUUGUAAUGGAUAGUGACAAUUUGAACGCUGACUUCAGUUGUUGCCCAGAUCCAGAAAAGAGAAAACAUUCAACUGUUGAUAUGAUAAAAAAUGAGGAAAACUUCGGUUUGACCUGCAAAAAUAUUAAACAACAGGAAGAAAAUGGAGGCGUUACAUUCAUUCCCAGUUGUCCCGAUGUGGAAAUGGUUAAUACCAGUCAUACUAGUGAUGGUCUUUCGCAAACAGAUGAGGUGGAUGGAAGCGAAUUGGGGAUUUCCAAAGACAGUGUCUUUGUCACUGCGAAAGAUGGCACCGUCAAGCCAGUUACAAAUCAAAAUCCAUCUCUAACGGAUAGUGCCUCUGUAACAUUUGAUAAACAGGAAGGAGAUGAGAGCAGUUUAUGGUUGGGGGAGGAACUAGCUACAAAUGUCAAGCAAGUUGAGGAGACCACAAAUACAAAGACGGUGAAUACAGAACAGAUUCUGAAAAAUUGUCAGGGUUCCCAGCAAACCGAUUUUGGAGCUGAGACAAAUAGCGUGAUUAUAACAGAACAGAUACCAGAAGUUUCUUCGAUAACAGGGAAAGAGAAAGCUGUGAUGGAUGGUUUGACCCAAGUGGAACAGACACUGAACCGUCCAAUAACAGGUGUCAAUACGAACACUGUGACAGAUAAUUUGUCACCUAUGGUACAAAUACCAAAGUUUUCAACAUUAGAAAGGAAAAAGGACUCUGCGACAGCUAGUUUGUCUCCUACAGAACAGUUAACAACAGGUGUGAACAAGGAUGCUGUGACAGAUGGUUUGUCCCCAUCACAGCAAUUAGCAGAGCAUUUAACAACAGGUUUGAACAAGGAUGCUGUGACAGAUGGUUUGUCCCCAUCACAGCAAAUAGCAGAACAUUUAACAACAGGUGUGAACAAGGAUGCUGUGACAGAUGGUUUGUCCCCAUCACAGCAAAUAGCAGAACAUUUAACAACAGGUGUGAACAAGGAUGCUGUGACAGAUAGUAUGAGCCUCACAGUACAAAAACCGAAGGAUUUAACAACAGGUAGCAAUAUCAACUCUGUGACAUAUAAAUUGUCCCCUUUCGAACAAAUAACUAGGGAUUCAACGACAGGCAGCAAUAUUAACUCUGUGACAUAUAAAUUGUCCCCUUCCGAACAAAUAAUUACGGAUUCAACAAGAGACGGUAAUAUGGAAUUGCCAACAGAUGGUUUGACCUUAACGGGACAAACACCAAAGAAUUCAACAACAGGUGCGAAUGUGGGUGCAGAGACAGAUGGUUUGACCUUAACGGGACAAAUACCAAAGAAUUCAACAACAGGUGGGAAUGUGGAUGCAGAGACAGAUGGUGUUACCCCUGUAGUACAGAGACUUGAGUGUUCCGCAACAAAUGGUUGUAGGGAGGCUGGAACUAAUAGUUUGUUACCCAUGGAACAGAUCCUGCAGGGUUUUCAGUCAGUAGAUGGGAAUAUGGAGAUCUUGGAAGAUGAUAAGAGUCCUGUUGAACAGAUACAAACGGGUUGUCAAGCAGAUGGGAAUGUGGCUGCUGAGGCGGUUGGUCUUACUGGAUAUGCAGAACGAAUGCCAGCAUAUUCUCCAACAGAUGGGAAUAUGGAACCUGUAAAAGAUGGUAUGAACUCCGAAGCACAGAUAAUCAAGGGUGUUCCAGCAGAUAGCAAUACGGAGAAUGCAGAUAGUUUGAUCAAUACGGAUCAAACACCAGAGGCCUCUUGGCCAAAAGAUCGGAGUAGAGAGGUUGUGACUAAUGAUAUGGUCUCUGGAGAACGGAUAUUGGAGAGUCCUGUAGGAAUUGUGAAUGAAGAGUCUGUGACAGAUGUUACGACCACAGUAGGACAGCUAUUGGAUAGUUCUCAGCCAGAAGAUACAAACAUGGAGGCCUUGACUAAGUAUAUGCCUACAUUAGAACAGAAACCAGAGACUUCUUGGGCAGAAAAUGGGAAUAUGGAGGCUGAUGACAAUAUUAUGUUAUCCAAGGAAGAGAUAUUGGAGAGAACUCCAGCAGAUGGGAAUAUAAAAUCUAUGGCAGAUAGUCUGGAGACAACAGAAGCAAUACCAGGAGACUUUUUGAUUGAGAAGAAAGUGGGGUCUAUAAUAAAUAGAUUUAUCCCAGUGAAACAGAUACAAUGUGACUCUCCAACAGGUGAGAAUAUGGAGGCUUUGACUCCAACUAAACUUAUACCAGAGGAUUGUCAUACAAGCAGGAAUAAAGAUGCUGUAACGGAUAGUAUUACCCCUGCAUUCAAGAGUCUGGAGGGUUCACAAGCUACAGAUGAGAAUAUAAAUAUUAAUGAUGAGAGUGUUACUCAAAUAGAGAGUAGUUUUACAGAGGCAAGGAUGAAGUUUGUGACAGCUGAUAUGACUCCAAAAGAACGGGUUCUGGAAAGUUCUCCUACAGGUCAAAUGUCGAACACGGAUGAAGGAUUUGAUAAUUGUGUUUUCACUGAAACAUGUUCUGUCGGUAGUACCUCACCAAUCUCUAAAAAUAUACAGGCCAUUCAAGACUUCUGUCAGAGUGUCUCUCCCCUCGUCAAGACAACAGAAAAUAACAGAAUCGAAGAUGUAUAUACGUCUCCUGUUAGCAAAAGGCAGCAAGAUAAAUUGGAUGCUUCAGACAUGAUCACUUGUCUGGAAGAUUCUAUAACAUCUGUUGACAUUUCCGACCAGGAAGAUGUGUCUGUCUCUUUUCUGGAGAUCAAAGAUAUCCCUCCAGUGUACAUAUUAGACAAAGAAGCACUUGAGGAGGAGAAAGAUCACGAUGACAGUUGUACAGACCAAGUGAAAGAAAAGAAGAAUUCUACCAAGACGCCUAUCUCUCAACACCUUACAGAGGGCCACCGUUCAGACAUUACACAGACAGAAACACAAGUAGGAGUGCAAGAAAGUGUUUCUGGAAAUUUUCCAUCAAAGGAAGGAAAAAUCUCCUCUAGGGAAUGUACCCUUGAAAGUUCAGUGACUGAUUGUGAUGGUUCCAUCCAGAACAAAAUUUCUGAUGCAAUAUCGGCAAAGAAGGACUCAUUGCAUCAGGAAAAUGAUCUUAAGGCUGAUGUAAACAAAGAAAACGUUGUAGAGAGUAAUGGAAAUAUGGAGAGGUCCGAGAUGACUGAAAGGAACAGUAUGGAUUCUCAUCAAGAAAGUUCGUUGGGCAUCAGCAGCUUGCCACUUACAGACAGUUGUACCUCACAAUUUAGUGAGAGUGACCUUGUACGUUUCUGGGAAGUGGACAACCGAAAAUUGGAUAGUGCCAAGUCAGUUGAAGCGAUUGAUGUCGGUUCUCCAACCAAUGAACCUUGUACUGCUGUUGUCUCAACUGCUGAUUAUCUGUCAGCGGUAGUGUCCACUGUUGCUUCAACUGAAAUGCUUGUUGCUUCACUAGAUGUGCCAUCGGCCAUAUCUACUAAUGUGUCUGCAGAUAUCUCAAGUGAUUUUUCGAAAGGUUUACCAACUCAGAUGUCUUCAGAGAUAUUGGAAGAUGUUUCAAAUGAUUUGAAUAUUGAUGUGUCCAGUGGAAUGAAAGCUAGUGAUGAAGAUAUGAAAGAACCAAUGCAGGACGUGGAAUCUAGGUUGCCAAUAGAAAGGGAGGCUGAAGAUAGGCUUGAUGAAUCGGAGGAGAUAAGUUCUUCAGACCAAAGAGGUCUGUGUUUAAAAGACACUAAAGAACAACCUGCUUGUAGUUUAAUUGAGAAACUAAGCAAUGUUGUCACAACACCAUAUACCAAUAUCGAAGCCUUGUAUCAGUGUUCACCAGAGACAGAUGACGAACCUGAUCAGCAAUUGGACAAGAAUUUUGAUGAUACUGUCUCUGGUAGACAUGCUUCUGGAAAGAGAAAGCGUAAAUUAUCAGAUCGCACCUCUGAGGAGGAUGAGAUACACUCAGCAAAGAAGAAAAGGACCGCAUGGUAUCAAAGUGUGAAAACUACAUUGUCAAACUUUUUUAACAUCAGGCACAAAGUCGUAUUCUCCAAAAAAUCUCUCUCUUCUAAAAAGAGCCUGAAAAAAGAAAAUAUUGCCAAGAUAGUGAAACGUUUCUUUGUUCUUAAUGACAAACGUGCAGAAUCUGAUAUGAUUCCAAAAUAUGGAUUUGAUGAUAAUCAGGACUGUGAUAGUGUUUCAGACGAUAAUAAUGACAGAGGCGAUAUGGAGUCUUCAAACAUGAGGGAAGAUGUGACCAAAUAUUCUGUGCAGAAGACUCCUGAAUACAACAGUUAUAGCUCUGGUACAGACUCUGUUUUAACCAAACCAUCAGAGCAGAUCUCGACUUGUUCCACGGGUCAGGAGCCAAAGAUAGAAAAUGAAGGACUGUUCUCCGCUUUCCCAACAGAUCUGACUGAUGAAGCAGGAAGUGAUGAAUUCGGUGGAUUCACAUCCUUCUCAAGCAAGCAAUGUGAAGGCUCAAAAGUUCCUGAGGAAACUAUUGUUCAACUUAGCAGUCUGGUGAAGGAGGAUGUAUCUGUCAAUGAUAGUAAUGAUGGAAACACAUUCAUGUCUACAAAAGUUUAUGGUGCAGCAGAAUCUCCGCAAGGAACAAAUGAGGCUACGGAAAUACAGACUGAACGGGAAAUCUAUAAUGAGGCUUCCAUAGAUGAGAUUCGCUGUAAGGACAGUAGCCAUGGUGAUGUGGAUGAAGAUGAUCGUGAUGUUUCAGGAGAAUCCAAAGGAUUCCAUCCUUGUUUAGAUACUCAACACGAAGAUCGCUCUGUAUCAGAAACAAGAUAUGUAGCUGAAGAAAUUGCUACCCAGAAAUCAGUCAAUGAAUUUGAAAAAAUGGAGACAGUUUUACAGAAAACUACAGAUAGUAUGGCAUGUAGUGCCGUUUCUACUGAGAAUGAUUUGGAAAGGAACCAACAAUCACCAGACUCUGUGAACAGAAAUCAGGAUUUUACCCAAGAUAGAGCUUGUGCGAAUUCAGAAUCUUCAGAACUACCUUGUAUUGAUACAAAGGAAAACUUGGAGUCAUUGCUUGGCCCAGUGGAAGACUGGCUAUCUUCAGCAAAUGAGGAAGAGACUCCAAAAUCUAGUGAUGAGGAAGAACAGGAUUUUGAUUCAGAUUCUGAAUCAAUCUUAGCUCCAAAAUGUACAGUAGAAAUUAAAUCAUCUGGAGAUUAUGAAAAGCAUACAACAUCUGAUUCAAAUCAGGAGAGUUUGUCGGAACUUUCGUCAAAAAGUCAAGAUACAGAAAACACUGAGGAUGAUCAAGUGCAAUCUACUUCUGACAAGUCAGUUGCCAAUAUCAAAAAGAAGUCUACCAAGAAAACAGAAAAUCUUAAGAAAGACUCUCAAAAUGUACCAGAAAAAAGUCUUCUUAGCAACAUACCAAUGCUUGAUCCCAUGGCAAAGACAUACAGUCUCAGUGAGAUGGAUUCCUCUGAUAUCUCAAUCAUCACACUCCGAAGUUCUGAUGAGCUGGAAUAUUGGGAAGGUAAUGAUUUGAAUGAAGAUGAUAUGAAAGGGAUAAGUACUAAUGACACAGACAUUGUCCUUAAAAACAAAAUUAAUCUUAAACAAGAAAUGGAAGAACCACCAAUACAGGUUCUAGCAUCGAGGGACAGACAUGUGUCAGUGUCGUCAACAGAUAAGGUUAGUAGUCAAGAGAAAAAAUUACAUGAUUCUGAAGAUUACACCCGUGAUAGUGAAAACUUUAGUGAUCACUGCGAUCCAAUGAAUUCCAUGGUAACUGUUAGCAACUCCGAAAUGACAGAGCAGAACACCGAUUUGAGCUCCAUCAACUACUGUCCUCUGCCAGAUUUCGAGACAGAUUCCUCAGUGGAUGACACCAAACCUGCUGUUGAUUUUAUCAAUCAGAAAAUCUCUCCACGUCAAAACGAAAUAAUGAUAUCAGACUCAAGUGAUGAAUUACCUGAAGUUGUGUUCUUGAAAGAAGAAAGGAGAAAUCCAAAUAUCCAGAUAAAAUCGGAGUUUACAGAUGUGUUUGUAAAACAAGAGAGAGUUACCCAGGAGUGUGGUUCCAGUGUAUCUUCUACACAGGAAAAAGACACAGACUAUCGGCCCGUGGUACAGAAAGGUCUGAACUUACCAUCAACAACUCGUAGUACCAGGUCAUACGUGCCCGAAAGAGGUUUAAAUUUGCCUGCCUCCGAGAUUAGUUCAAGCACUAGUAAGUCUAGUUUUGAAGACCAGGGGGAAGAAAAGAAAGGUUUGUCAAGGAAGAGGAGAAAAAAGAAGUCUCCUGUCAAAAAUAAAAACAAAAUACCAGAAAAGAAACAAACUACACCUUCCAAAUAUAAUCGACGACCUCGAAGAAAGAAGAAAAGUGGAAAAUGUUGUGAUAAGGAAUUGAUUGAGUUGAUUACGGACAGUGAUUCUGAUAGCGAUGGUCCGUCAAAGUCCAAAAGUCCAGCCAAGUCAGUGGAGAAAGAAAAGGAUAAGGUAAAAAAGUGUGAAACCAGCUUGUUGGCCCGACAUCCUGCCAAAAAGUCUGAUGAUCUUCAAGAUGAUAUUCAGGUUGACCUGGGAGAUAACUUUGUGGUUGACAGCCGAGGUGAGCAUGAGGACGACCCUGGCAUGGCUGAGGAAGAUCACAACACUGAACCAGGUCAGGAAUCUUCUGUACAAGACAUUUUCAAUUCUGAUGAGGAAUCUUCUCUACUAGCCUUGUACGAUGAAGAAGACAUGUUUACUUCCAGCAUUGGAUUAGAAACAGCCUUCGAAGAAACAUCCUCAACUAUUGAAAGGCAUGACAUACAAACAAAUGCAGAGAGGCAGACUGUAUUAGAAUUAGUUGACACAUUUAUUUCAGAGGACACUUUUGACUUUAGUGAUGAAUUUUCCUGCCAAGGAGAUCAGUCGAUGGAUGACUUUGAAAAUUCUUCAGUCGGUGAUGAAGAUGACGCUGAUGACAAUUUGCCUCUUUCUCCACCUCGCCAGUCUUCAUUUGAUGAUGAAGAUGACGCUAAUGACAUAAUUCCUAACACGUGCGAUGAAGAUGAUGACAAUGAUAUGUCUGUACCUGUUCUUCAUCCACUUUCCUCUUUGGAGCCUCAGGAAGAGUCUACUCCCUCUCUUUGUAUGUCGCCAGUUUUCCCUGAUAUAACAAUGCCAUUUGACAUGCAAGCCCAGGCAGGUGGGAAACCAGCUGAGAAGUUCACUGUUAGUGCUUCAGAAAUGUUUGACUCAGAGGAUGAAUUUAGUGUUCCAGAUUUAGAUUUGAAAGCCUUUGAAGACAGCAAUGAUAAAGUAGACGAGGAAUCAUCUGAGAAUGCAAAAGAUGUAGAGGAAAUUGAAUGUGAUGAUACUAGUCCAUUACAACAUAUGGAAGGAAUUGAUAGUGAUUGUAAUGAGGACUGCGGCAUGUCUAUCAGUGUUACACCUCAACCUGAUGAUGUCAGUUUGCAGUCAACCACAGGCAUAAAGAAACGUAAAUUGUUUAAUAUUGGUGACCUGGAAAUGGAUGAAAUUCCAUUACCAAAGCGAUCAAGAACAAAACAUCCAAGUAGACCAGAUUUUCCGAAAAUUUCGCCAGCCAGCAAGUUAAAAAAGGCCUUUGAUGAUGACUUGUCCAUCAGUACCCAGUGCCCUCUCUUAGCAAAUGUCAACGAAAGCCAAUUCAACAAUGCAUCCAAACAAUUUCUUUCCACAGAAAAGAAUUCGGAAAGUUCAGCUAAAAAGAGAAAAGCUAAAGAAUUUUUGGUAAAUGUUAAAGCUAAGUUGAUGAAAUACAAAACAAAGAAACAAACAACACUGUCUCAGUCAGAAUCUGUCCAAUCUAGUCAGGAAACUCCUGGUGAAAUUCCUUCAGCUGGUUCAGUUCAGCGACGCAGUCUCACUGAGGCUGAAAUUUCUAGUAACAGAAUAGCUGAUUACUUGACAAGAUGUAAAAGUGUCGUUAGCAGGCUUCGUGAAGCUCUGGAUGGGCACAAACUCGGCACCUUCCCGAGAGUGUCCCAAUGGAGGAACGACUUGUUGGGGAUAGAAGAAAAAAUGGUGUUACCAAACACGACCAUCGCUGUUGUCGGAGAUACAGGUUCAGGGAAGUCAAGUCUGAUGAAUGCAGUGAUAGACCAACACAACACUCUGCCUACCUCAGGGAUGAGGGCCUGUACAGCUGUUGUAGUGGAGGUCCUUGCUAACACUACUAGUGACAACUACGAGGCAGACAUCAAAUUUCUGUCUCGCAAGGAGUGGUUUGAUGAGCUUAAAUUGCUGAUAUCUGACUUGACAACUGCUGACGGGAAGCUGAAGAAGAGUGUGCCUGACCUUGAGUCAGAGGCUGGAGUGGCUCUCCUCAAGGUCAAGGCUGUGUAUGGUAAGGUCGACACUGUGGCAGUUCUGUCACAUCUUACUGCUGUCACAAGGAUGUUGGACAAAGUCAAAACCAUCAGGGCUACCAAUCCAAAAGACUUCCGACGACUGAUUGAUCGUUAUAUAGAGACAGCUGAUCCAGGAGCCGGUGGUCAGUUUUGGCCAAUCGUGAAGCAAGUUACCAUACGCAUGCCAGACUGUGAUGCCUGCAGCAGUGGGGCUGUCCUUGUAGAUCUUCCUGGUGUAUGUGAUUCAAACGCGGCCCGUGACCGCAUAGCCAGAGAGUACCUUAAAAACUGUACAGUCGUGUGGGUAGUAGCUGCCAUACACAGAGCAAUCAAUAACAAGACGGCCAAAGACAUGCUUGGAGAAAACUUUCGGCGACAGCUUCUUAUGGAUGGACAGUACGGCAGUGUAGCAUUCAUUUGUACCAAGUCAGAUGACCUCAUGCCAUCGGAGUUAAUCAGGAACCUUCAUCUGGAGGAUGUUUGCGAACCUUUGGAAAACGAGAUACAAUCGUUGUUAAUGGAAAAGAAAGACGCUAAUAAAACUGUAAAUAGACUCAAGAAGGAAAUUCGCACUGUUAAAAAGGAAAUCAAGGAACUGACCACUGGCAUAGCCGACUUGAAGGAAACCAUGGAGAUGACCUAUGUCCUGGAUGGGGAUGUCAUUGACCUUGACAGUGAAGGGGCAGAUGGGUUGGAAUCCCUGGAGGAACUAAGACAAGUUGUACAGGACAAAGAGGAGUCUUUAAAGGUGAUACAGAGGGAAAAGACAGACAAGGAAAGGGGGAUGGACCAGGCUACUCGUGAGUCUCUGGAAAUCGACAAGAAAAUUGAUAUAAAAAGAAAGGAGAUAGCAGUGAUAUGUGCCAAUGCCAGGAAUGAGUACUCCAAAUCUACUAUCAAGCGAGACUUCAAGGCUGGACUUCGGGAGAUGAAAAGAAAGGCGGGACUGACUAAUGCUGAUGAGGACGAUGAGAUGGAAGAUGAGGACCAGGAUUACAAUAGUGAUUAUGAUGAUGAUGAGAUGAGUCAGACUGCUGAAAAUCUGAGAGUGUUCUGUGUCAGCUCCAUGGAGUACCAAAAGAUGAAGAACCUCUUGCCCAAUGAUGGCCCAGCAAAUAUAUUUAGUACUACAGAAGAUACACAGAUUCCGAAGCUGCGUCGCUACAUCCAUGAAGUGACGGCGUCAAGGCGACAACAAUAUGUAGACCGGUUGAUCCGCACACUCGGACAGUUUGUGUUUGAUGUGCAGAACUACAUCAUGGCGGAUGGCACGACAUGUAAGGGAACUCGGAGGGAUGCCAAGUCAACUGUAGAAGAAAACUGUAAGGACUUGGAGGGAAAGUUUGAGCCAGUGUUAUCUCAUCUGAGUCAAGACAUUGAAGAGAUCUUCUGCAACAGUAUAGAGACCAAGAUGACAGAUGGAGUCAACUCAGCAAUAUCCUCGGCCAAUGAAACGGUCUCCAAAUGGGGAGCUAAGCAAAAUAAAGAAAGGAAGUCGGAUGGGGGACUUCAUUGGAAGACAUACCAGUGUGUUGUGAAUCGCCAUGGAGUAUUCAACUCCAAAACCUACGGCCCCAUCAACUUUAAUGAACAGUUAUCAGAGCCAAUGUACAGAUGUAUCAGUGUGUGCUGGGACAAAGUUUUCAGUGGCUUGCUUUGGAGAACUCUAGAGGAUUGCGAGAGUCUCUUGCUUAUUACUCUCACAGUGUUUGUGAGGGAGUUGUGUGAAAAACUUCAGACCUUAGAGGUACAAAGGAACCAGACUGAUAGGGUCAGCACCCAACUGUGCCAUAGUACUAAGGACAAGUUGGCCGAGAUGCUGGCAAACCUGAAGGAGUUGGUUUUGUCUCGUCAGCGUGAUAUAAAUCGAAUAAUUACUCCAGCUGUCCAGGAAAAUCUUGACCAGACUUACAAUCUCUGCGAGUCUGAGGCGGGUAAUGGGAUGUUUACGAGAAUUAAAGAGGCCAUGGCAGGAGGGGUGGAUUUCAAACGUCACAACAUGUUUAGUGAGGCGUCGCUGUCACUUCUUCAGAACCUUGUACAGCUUAAGGAUGAUAUAGUGUCACAUGUGAGGUCGGUUUGUGCCUCACUGUGUCUUAUGCUCCAGGCCGCAUUUGAGCCAUUGUGGGAAGCGCCCAGUCAAACAAAGCUGCUCAAGGAUCACUUAUUUGACAGUGUCACAGAAGCAGUACUGGCCAUGACUAGUCUCCACACUGAUGCAAACCUUACCCUGCCUGUUGUACCAUCCCAAGACUUGGAGCCUGAUCAGGACAUUCCUACAGCAUCUGAUCAGGUUUCAACUGAACAGGGUCCUUAUGCUGAUCGCUCCCUUCCUGGUCCCCCUGGCCUACAAGUUGCCACAACUACCUGUGUUGGUCCGCAAAUGUAUACUUCAACAUAUCGGACGACGCAGAAAAUGGCGACAGGUGCCCAUAGCAAGACUUGUCAUGUUUCCAUUGAAAAAUCAAAGUCCACACAAGUUACGGAUGUAUUAAAGCACCUGAAACAGGAGCCAAGGUCUCCUAAACUGAUGUCUCCAUCUUCUAUCAAAAAGGAGUGGGACCCCUCUAGUGAACUUACAGAAGUUUCAGGUCCUGAGUUGAGUUGGUUUCAUAAUGCCUUGCCUGACUUGGAUUCAUAUACUGGCCAAGCUAGUCCCAUGGGAAUGCUGACAAGGUCCUCAACCAUUACCCAGACUGUAGAACUCCCCAAUUCUGGACUAUCACCUGGAGAGUCCUCAUCUAUACACCAGACCCAGGCUAGAGGAUCACCUCAGAUCUCAUCCACUAUGCCACAAGCUAGUUCAUGGUCUACUGGACAUAAUAGAAGUGGACUGUCACCCCGAAUCACAUCAACCACAACCAGGCCCCAAGCUAGUUCAUGGUCUACUGGACCCAUACAGUUUGGCCAAUCACCCCAAGUCACAUCAACCACAACCAGGCCCCAGGCUAGUUCAUGUUCAUGGUCUACUGGAUCGGUUCAAUUUGGCCAAUCACCCCAAGUCACAUCAACCACAACCAGGCCCCAGGCUAGUUCAUGGUCUACUGGAUCAGUUCAAUUUGGCCAAUCACCCCAAGUCUCAACAACCACAACCAGGCCACAAGCUCAUUCACCAUUUGUAGGACAAAGCAGAUCUGAACGAUCCUCUCAGAUCUCAUCUUCUGUAACACCUCACAAGGGCAAGAUGUCCUCUGGAUCAGCUGAUCGGUUCAAAUCAACAAUAGUCAAGCCACAGACUACAGGAACCAUAAGAUCUAAUGUACCACAAUCUGUGCCUAUACAUUCACACAGGAUUGUCAUGACUAACAGUACUGCCACCAUACCUGUCUGUCAAUCACCUGACAGUAUCAUCAGGGUGCAAGGGAAUAUGGAUCUUGGAAACAAAUUGUGUUUUUCUGAAACUAGUGAUGUAACUCAGAAGUCGAAACAUUCCAGGAUGUGUUCUGAUGUUUUGAGGGAUUUGCUGAAUUCACCACUAGAAACAUCUUCAGCAUGUGUAGUUGGUUCACAUGCAACACAAGGAAUUUAUAAGCCAAUGCAGAAAACAGGCAGUGUUUGUUUGCCACCUAAAAUCUACAAAAUCUCCAAGACACAACCUGAAACUUUUCAACCUCCUAGAAAUAGUCAAAGUCUGGGGGUCACAAACGGUCCUGGUGCUAAACAAGUCUCAAUUGAUGUCGUAUCAGCAUUAAGUUCUCAACCUGUCAAAGGGCUUGUAUCAAUAGUCAAUAGAGACCUGAUAAAACCACAGAGACAACUUAGCUCUCCAAGUGUAGCAAAUUCACAGGCAGCUCCUUCACAAACAAGUGGUGGUCCUAUUGUAAGUAGUUCUCAGUCUGUUCCCAGGACGUCUCCUUCGAACUCCGGAAGGUUGAAGCUGAGUUUGAGAAAAAGAUCUGAAUCUCCAACACAGUCUCGCAUAACCGUCAAACAGGAACCAACGGAGGGUGACACCAGCCAUCAGCGCAGAGUCCGGAGGUUCAACAACCAUGAAAUUAUAGAUCUUUGUGACAGCAGCGACAAUGAAAACUGAGGAUCAAAACAUAAAAUUCUUCUGACAAAUGAUGAUAGGAGGCUUAGUCCGGGAAGCUGAGAACAACUGAGUGUAUUUCACGAUGUUAUGGAUGCUUUUUAACUCACAGUAAUUUACACCAGGCUUUCCCUUGGAUCCUGUAGUGGAUGUUUUACACCAGGCUCUCUCUUGGAUCCUGUAGUGGAUGUUUUACACCAGGCUUUCUCUGGGAUCCUGUAGUGGAUGUUUUACACCAGGCUCUCUCUGGGAUCCUGUAGUGGAUGUUUUACACCAGGCUCUCUCUGGGAUCCUGUAAUAGAUGUUUUACACCAGGCUCUCUCUGGGAUCCUGUAGCGGAUGUUUUACACCAGGCUUUCUCUGGGAUCCUGUAGUAGAUGUUUUACACCAGGCUCUCUCUGGGAUCCUGUAGUGGAUGUUUUACAACAGGCUCUCUCUGGGAUCCUGUAGAUGUUUUAAUCCAUGACUUACUAUAAUGAUACAUAUGUUAACUACAUUAUUUUGAAAUACAAACAUGACUUCCUUCAAUGACUGAAACAGGAACACCUGUAUAAUGUGGUGUAGACUAUCUAAAAGUGUUGGUGCUAUAUCACUCUGUACAAUGAUUUGUGUAGAAUCUGUUAUUGGCUGUUCGAAGAACGUUGAAAAUUUUUAUAAGCACGUUUGUUGAGAUAGUUAUGUAGGUGAAUUUUGACAACUGUUUGAUAAUGGCUGGGGCAUGAUAAGAUGUUCUUCCAUAAGUAACAUUAAUUGUUUUUUUUUUUCAUUUUUUUAAGGCAAUACAGUCAAUCUACACAUGAUUUGCAUAAAUCAGUGGUCACACCUUUAAAGAUCAUAACAGGAAUACCUUAGCUUUAAAUCAAGUCAAAACAUGUUCUAACAAUUUCAGUAAGUCAUUGUUAAAUUGAAGAAGGGCAUUUUUACAUGAAUUUCUGCAUUUAAUUCGGUUUAUAAUUGUGUAAAAAGAAAUCUACAUAAAUUUGUGCCACAUCUGUAUCUUUAUCGAACAGAUUGUUGCACGAAUGUUAAAUAUAAGUGAUGAAGGUUUGUCUUCAAUACCUACAAAUGAUUAACAUUGGAGCAAACUUCUAAAAAAUGCCUGUGCCAGAUCGUUUACAUAUAUUGUAGACAAUGUUAAAUAUGCUUUCAGUUACAGAAAUAGAUCAUGCUUCUAGUCUUGGUAUGUUCUCUCUUAUCUAAGGAUAUUAUGGCUACUCAUUGACUAUGGGUGUGUUGAUUUCAUGUUGUUUAUCGUUUCUUUGAGAAAUAUUACAUAAAUUAUGAUCACUAGCUAAGAAUUUAAGAAAGAAAGAAAUUCAAACAAAGAUAUUAUAGAUAGAGCUGAUAAUCAGUUUUUGUUUUUAUUGUUUUCUUUUAAUCAAAUGAAUCAUGAUUUCAUUUACCAAUGUAUGAUUUUUAGAUACAAAAUUUAGAAGUACAUUUUAAAAAGUAUGCGAUAUACUUGUCAUUACACUCCUCCUGUGACUUCAACAAGAAAAUGCUGGGUGCUAUAUAUACUUAGUUUCCUUUUUUGAAAGUUUACGUGUUCAGAAUCAUGUUAUACAAUUUCUCUUUAUAACAAUUUUUUAUUUGGCAUUAUUAUUAUUGUAACAAACCGUUAAAUGAAUGUUUCUGAAAAUUACGACAGUUUUUCAUUGUUUUUUCCAAUAAGGUUGAAAAGGACUCAUGAAAAUAAACUAUAGGUUGAAUACCGUUUUUUUAUAAGGUGAAAUGUAGAUGUGUUCACAUUUAUUUGCUUCACAUAAGUUUUCAUUUUUUUAUUCCUUCAUUCUGCCAUUAUCAUAAUCAUGUUUAGCUGAAUAUGUUGCUUCUUUUCCAGUGAUGGUGGGGGUCAUGAUUUAUAAAUUCAUAUUCCGCGUCAGGAAGAGAACUGGACAAGAUGUCCAUAAUCUUUUUGGUGCAAUUACAGAUCCCCUGGCCUGUGGUCCAUAUAUAAUUCACAGGUUUAUGUGUGCUUCAUGUUAAUUCUUUUUUCUAGAGAGUAUAAUUAUAUGGUUUGUGUGAUUUUUACAUGUUUACAUUCCUUGUAGAUAGAAAGAUAUGUAACAAAGCCAAUGUAUUUCAGUGGAAAAAUCAAGUCAGCAGGUUUUUAACUAAUCAUGACAGAAAGAUGUUAUGUUACAAAACCUAUGUGUUCAAAUUAAAAGAUUUAAUCAACCGGUUUUAGCUAUUCAUAUUGAAGACAGAAUGACUUUUAUAUAAAUUUACUUUUAAUCUUGUUGAAUAUUAAUUGUUUUAUGAGGUCAAAAGUUUGGAACCAACGCCAAGGUGCAAUGAAGUUCAAGCUAAGGUCCCUAGCUGUGGGUGUGGAUACCUCUAGGUGUGCAGGGCGGUUGUGAAGGUGACAAAUAGAAGUAAUGACAUAGAGCCAGAACAUACCUUGAUAGUUUCUGUAUCUAAUCUAAAUAUGCACAAACUGCUGAAGUGUGUUGUGGUUGUAUUUCAUUACCUAAUUGUUUUGUUGUACUAGUUAUAUUGUUUGUGUUGAAAGGCAAUGUAAUCAAAAUCUUAUGCAAAUUUUAAAGAAGCAGGUUGCUUACAAAUGUGCCAAUAUUUUAUAUUGAUGAUUCUAGUGCAUUAAAAUAAAAGUGUUUUGUUAAUGG